CUGCAAGCUAGAGUCUCCUAAUUUUCUUCAACGUGUUGCUUAAUAUGAAUAAGAGUAUAUAGAUACUUUCAUAGAGGGACGAAAAAUCAUAGCUAAUGCUAUACUGCUUUUAGAAAAUAUGUUGUUGUUUUUAUACAGUUUCAGUUACAACUUAUUAUUUAUUAUUUUUUAGUGCCAAGAAAGAUGGGACAUGCUGUCACUGCGUUCCGUGAAUGACUGAGGAAGUAAGUACGAAAUUGAACUCGAUUCAUCGAAUAUACCCUGAGUACUUCAUAAUUCGCGUCCCCAUCGUAGAAUGAUGACAGCUCCUUCUGUUGAGCCUCCUGCGGUUGGCGUCUCUUCGUCUGGGAAUUCAGCGAGCAAGUUUUCGUCCCCACCUCCAGCAGACGUCAGCACAACCUCUAGUACAGGGAAAUAUCGGGACUACGACAACACUGAUUUCUCAAAAUUUACGAGUAGCAUCCGCGAAAGCGACGGCAUAGACGAUGACGUAGUUACAUUUUGCGAUAUCAUAUUCGCGUGGUAGUUGGUUCAUAGUUUCGUAGUAUAUUUGAAGCUUUUCGAUGAAUGGAAAACAACAUCAAUUUGAAUUUCAGGCAUAUCUGGAACGACAAAGGCGAUAUCGAACAGCAGCAGCUUCAGACUCGUAUCUUACAAGUUUCUAUAAUGGGCUCCCUCCACGUGCGCGGCAUUGCGUAAACGCAAUAUCAAUGGGCGCGCGGAUGGGCGCCGCAGUAGGAGGAUGCUUCGGAUUUCUAACAGGAGCGUAUUAUAGGUACUGAUGGACUUCCCACAGGGUAUUCUCCCUUCAUUUUUUUCUUUAUAACAUGCUUAGCUUGUACGCAGACUAGAAGAAAAGUACAUAACAUCUACUUUUUCCACAACGAAAUCAGCGUCGUCCAGCGCAACGUUUUGUUACUGCCAGUAGGUGUUCUUGGGGGAGCUGCAUCCUUUGGCUUCUUCUUGGGGUGUGGUAUGAUCAUCCGGUGCGACGACGGAAAGGUGCAUUAUGUAGUGGGGAGGAGAGGGCACUUGGCAGACAGAUCGUCUAGGAUUGCAGCUGCGCAGAGGACGGGUCUCGUAAGCUCAGCGCCGCUGAGUAUGAGGCCGACCCCACGACCACGGACGCUGAUGCUCCCAUUUAGUUGGCGGAGUAAGAGCGGGCUCCUGUCUGACGAUCUCGCUUGAUACGCAACGGAAGAGGAUCUGCGUCUCGUUAAGACGACUGGCGAAGAGGAUCUGAGUCUCGUUUAGAUAUAGGAUCAAAACGUAGAAGACGCGGGAUGAAGUCGCUCGCGACGACGACGUUGUGUGAUGUUCUUUUUAGCGCAAACAUUGAUGAUCGCAUAGAUCAGCCACUGAUUCUCUUGUUCAUAAAUAUCUUGUGUACUAUAUUCAACCGCUACAGCAAUACGCACUAUAGACGCACGAUCUUACAACUCUCCUGAAUGAUGAUGGUGUUGCUUCCAGGAACGAUGCUGGAGCAGGCAAGCAACUCGUGUAAAUGAACAUUAAGAAUAUGGUUUUGACGGAGAUACACAUAAUCAAGAUCCGUAAGAUCUCCAUUGAGAUCUGGAAUUCUAAACAAUCUUCCAAAGCUCAGUUGAGAUGGCGUAAGCAGCCUCAGCGUACCGAAGAUCAGACACAAUGGCUUCACGCAGCGCGCUGGAGUGAACAACUAGAGAUCACAUGCGUAGAACGCUGAUAUAAGUAAUCAGGCUGCAGCGGGGCCAUUCUUGACGCUUUUUAUACUUGAGAUAAUGUACGUAGACGGAUGAAAGUCUGAGAAUUUAAGACAAGCAAAUGGAGCCUGUCCUAGCUUGGAGCUAGUGCAAGGAGGAAGAAACGACAUACAUCCUCACUUUGAUAAAGAACAAAGACGAAGUGACAUGAUAAAGGCAAAACUAGAUUCUAUGAUGGGGCAUGUUUGAUGAGACCCGGUUAGAAUCGCGGCUUUCUGGC